AUGCAGAUGAUGCAACCAGCGCUGGCAGCGGUGGAGGAGCCGCAGCGACGCCCGCACCGGCACCGGCGGCCCGCUUUAAAAAUUCUACAUGCGCCUUGUUAACUAAAACGUCGAGCAGCCGGAAAUCGAGAAAGCUCGAGCGACUGCGGGCGAAGGCGGCGCUGGAGCUCCUCGAAGAACAACGACAAGGGCUUCGAGGAACCGUUUCUAGCUUUUCAUUUUCUCCUUUGUUUCCUGGGCGCUCUGGGAAAAAACUAUUUCUGCAGGAACGAAAUCCAUCCAAUGAACACGCACUGGGACGACCACGUCCUCGUCCUCGUCGACCACAACGAGGAGAAAAAAAGGUGCAGCUGGACUACAACCGGUGGCGUGCGAGGCAAAACUUUGUAUUUGAGGGCGAUAUAGCCUCGAAACAAAAGAAACAAAAUGUGCAGGACGCUUCUGCUCCGACACGACACCAGCUCCAGCUGCCGGAUGACAACAGGAGGAGGUGGACCAGCGCGCAGCGAAGCAGCUCCUGUGACUAUUUAAGUUUUUCGGCGGGGGGGCCGAUAGUAUCACCAGAUUCAUGUACUACUAUCAACACACGAGGACGACCCGAAGCAGCAGGAUCUUGGACUUGGUCUGAAAGAUCAUGGGGAACAAGUAGAAGAACCUCCACGCCGCUUGCUCCUGACGUCGUGAGGGAAGGAUCUUUUCGCAUCUUCUCGCAGCAAGAAGGUCAUGUAGCACGGAAUAAAGCACCACAUCAAGAAGAACGCGAUGCAACAGCACCUUUGCAGCUGCAGCAAAUGACACAGAUGAACAAGCCGCCCAGCAGCUCGUCGUGUACAAAAGCCGCGGCGUCUUCUAGUGCCGAGGAUAUGGAAACUCUUCGUCGUUUAUUUGUUCCCAAUCCCAUCAAAUUUGAGUUUGACCUACAGCAUUUCCUGCACUACCGCGAUGUUAUUCGGGACCUCCACGCCGAGGUGGUAAGGAAAUUACUACCUUCGGUAGUAGAUGACAGGACAUCUACACCAAAAAAUACAAACUCGUCCACCUCGUGGUCAUCUGCCGCCUCGCGUCUCGAAGGCAACUGUUUGUGUACCUUUGACCGCAAGAAAAAGGCCUUUUACCUGCAGGAAUAUGCAUUGCAAAAGUAUUGUACUCCUACUCGUACUAUAAAUGCAUUACAAAUUUCCUCAGCAUGAGAAAUAAAAUUUGUAAUGCGGAUUUGACUUUAGCAAGAAAAUUUGUAACGCAUGCCUGCAAUACGAGUACUCCCCGAGAGAUCUGAAACGAGCACAGCCCGAGACCUGACUGGGUGAGUAUCUGAAACAGCUGCAAGAUAAUUUUUUUUGAAUUUUUGCAGCGCGCGCAAGCUUGCGCUGCCGGGGGGCUUCGCCCUCCCCACGCUCGCGAAGAGUUGUGGACUUUACCCCGCCCCUUCGGCUUUUUCUCCCAUUGCGUGCAGUGUAGCCUCGGCAGGCGAUUCGUUUUCCCCGCCGCGGGCUCGCGUGCUGAUGUGGGCGCCCUUGGGGCGUUUUCCGUUUUUUUGUUGCUCGCGUGGCGCGGGUUUCCAUGUCUGAGCUAAGGCGAGCGGCUCCGCGGUGCUUUGUGCUUUAUUUUGCCGGGGCUUUUUUUUGUGCCUUUUUGUUUUUGCUAUUUUAUGGCAGCAGGAACAUGAACAACAGCCCGCCCCUGCAGUUGGCGCCCUUUUGCUCUUUUUUGUGUCGAAAUUUUUGCCGCUGCUCUUUUUUUUAUUUUUUCGUUAGUAAAUAUCGCCCCGCUAGUACAUAGUCUAGCCCGCGGCGCUUGUGCCUUUCCGUGCCUUUUGGUAGCGUGCCUGCCAGCGCAAACGGUCGCGGGCCGUUUUCCGUGUUGCAGCCAGUGGCUUUUGCCGUUUUUCACUAGCUCGAGCAUGUUUGCCGCACUUCUUUGCACUGGCCCGCGCCGGUCUGUGCACUUCCCGGCCCCCUCCGCGUAUUUUUGUGGGCCAAACCACGCUGCGCCGGUUGUCUGUGUUUUUCGCACUUUGCUUCCAGAGCUAGCGGCGCGACUGUUUCGCGUAAGCGCCCUGCAUUAGCACCUAGCUAGGCUCUUCGCUGGCUUUCCAUGGAAUGCAAUCCCGGAGGCCGGUUCGGCGUGUCAGCCAGCGGCCUGCUUCUUGGUGUGGGCAUUUUUCUGAUGUUUUUCGCUUCGCGCGCUGACCGCAUGGCGUUUAUCUUUCUCCAUGCCCGGGCGCAGAGGAGUGGCGUGGCAGUCCUUUCGGUCCUUUUCUGCAAGUUUGUGGCUUUGUCUUUGUUAUCCUUUUUGCGCUGCAGCGCCAGACUCGACUUACCAAGGAAGCACGAGAGGCGCCGCAGUUGCUAAGGUUCUGCGCUAAGAGUGGCGACGUUGUCCAUGUUGUUCUGCCUUCGUCUUCCUUUUUUGAUGUCUUUUCGCUGCUUUUUUGCCGCACUUCGCUCAUUUUGUUGCGCUUUCGCGCCUUUUCGAGCUACGCGGAGCUUUUUCGGCGCGUUUCUUUGGGCCUAAAAACGAACAAACUGCCUGGGGAUGGUUAUUCUCGCCGCCUUUUUGCCGUAUUUCAUUGGUGCACCCUGUCGCGCUUUUGCGCCUUUUUAAGCUGUUGGAAGGUUCUUUGGCGCAUUUCGGUCCUCAGAGCGGCCAAACGGUCUGGAAUUUGCCUGGCGGGUGCGAUACAUAGCGCCACCGCUCUGCGGACUUGCUUCUGCAAAAUCGCUGGCGCGCGCCUUGUUGCGCUUUUGUGUCUUUUUGGAGAAUUUGCAAAGUGUUGCACUUUUUCGGCUAUUUCGAUGGCUUUGCGACGUUUUUGCCUUAGCUUGCGUCUUUUGGCGCAUUUUCGCACUUUUCGGGCUAAUUAAGUGAAGCCCAUGGCCCACAUGUGUCGCAUUUGCGGCUUCCUUUAUGACUUAACAAGAGCAGGCCUGCGCUGUUUUUCCUCGCAUUUGGAUCCUUUUCCUGUGUUUUUGUGCUUUCCCACGAUCGUUUUGCUUUGUUUUUGGGCCUUUUUUGCUGACUUUUGCGGAGUUUGAGUAUUUUCGACACACUUCGGGCCUAAAAAAGUCCGCGCCGUCUGCUUCCCUUUUGGCUUUACCCAUGAGUCAUUGCCAGCGAACGCGCUGCAGCGCUUUGCAAAAACACCGGCGCCCGCUUUGGUCUGUUCUUGGCUUGUCGUGGUUAGUGUGGGUGCAAAUGGUCGCACUUUCUUGCUUGUUUUGCUGGCUUUCCGGCGUUUUUGCCUUAGUUUGCGUCUUUUGGUGCAUUUGCGCACUUUCCAGGCUUAACUAGGUGAAGCCCACGGCCCGAAUGUUGCGCGUUUUUGGCUUUUUGGCUUAACAAGAGCAAUUCUGCUGCAAAAUAAGCCUAAUUGUCAUCAAAGAGACGCGCUCUUUCUUUACAAAGAGCGCGACCUCGUUGCCAUCGGCACGCGGGUCGCUGUGGUUUUGGCUGUUUUUCGUUGGUGUGCAAAGUGUUGCGCUUUUGUGUUUAUUUCGAUGAAUUUGCGUACUUUUCUUCUAAGUUUUCGCUUUUUUGCGCAUUUGUGCAAUUUUUAGGCUCAACUAGGUGAAGCCAGCGUGCGCAUUUUCGUCGUUUUCGUCCUUUUUGACUUAACAAGACCAGUUUUGCACUAAAAUGACUCGAAUUAGCACGAAAGAGGUGCGCUUUUACCUUAACAAAGUUGGCACUUUUUUUGGCAUGUGAUGCAUGUUUGCAAUACAAGUUGAUAACGAUGCUUUUGCACAGGAUAAGGAAAACAACGUAGCGAUUGUCCGGGAGAACCUGUGGCAGCUGUUAUCAAAUGCAAAUCUGUCUGGGUCUGGAAGAGUGCUGCAACUUGUGAUGCUGCAUUUGGAUUCUGAAAAAAUCUGUGUUGCGUGAGGAGCAAGAGAAGUCCGAUUUUUGCUACGCGGACAGAGCAUUUGUCAUGCGGGAUAGGCAUCAAGAAGCCCACAGAAAAUCUGUGAUGCUAGGACAGACAUCACAGACAUCAUGCUUUAUGCAAAACGUGCAUGAGAAACUUGCAUUCUUCCAGACCCAGACAUACUUAUUUGCAUUUCAUAGCUGUGCCGCCAAGACACUCUGAAACUGUCCGGGGGAAGGAGUGACGGGCAAGAUCAAAAUGAAGCAGCUGCUGGUGCGGCCAAGCGCUCGCCAAGCCCCUGUAAGACCUUCAAGAUCAAUUCCGUGCUGGAAAUCGGUUUCAAUGCCGGGCACAGCUGCGCGCUCUUCUGCCACGCGUGGAGCAUGCGCGCGCAAGAGGCGGCGCCGGCGGAUAAUCUUCUUGGCGGCAAAGAAAUAAAUGCGUCGCAUAAACAAGUACAAGUAGAGGCACAAACUGCAGCAGUGCGUGAGCUUGCUGCAGUCGAAAGACAAGGAACUGCUGGCGCACGACCACGCUGCGCAUCGGCAUCCAAAAACGCUCAUCUUGCGCUUGCGGCAGCGGCCCCAGGAGAGGUAGAUGUCGACGUGACAGAACAUGAAGAUGAGCAAACCAAUAAAAAGGUCCACCCCCUCGUCCUCGUGACUGAAGCAGAGCACAGGACAAAUAAACCGACAAAAAGCCACGAGCAGAAUAACCGGGUGGACCACGACGAGGAAGGAAACACCAGGGGCCAAGAAGAACAAGAAGAGUUUCAGUUUGUUUACCUGGCCUUCGAUCUGUGCGAACACCUCUACACGAGACCGUGCUUCGACGUUUUGCAGAAGAAAUACUUCUGUGGUCCAACUGGAAGUGUUUCGCAGCAAGAAAAGCAAAAGUUGCAGGAGAAUUUGGCGACCAGAUCUUCUUCUUCAGGCGAACCCACAAUAGCAGAAGCAUCUACAUCUACCACCACGUCUGCAUCGGCAUUGACUUCGACGGCCACAUCCAAAGGCUGCGGCGGGGUGUUCCAAAAGAAUAUUUUCUUGCACCUCGUGGAAGGCGACAGCCGGGAUAUCCACUGCAAAAGUAUCGUACUCGUAUAAAUGCAAGUCUUGCUGCAUUACAAAUCUUUUUCUUAAGGUAAACCAGCAUGACAAAUUUGCUUUCUCAAGCUGAGGAAAUUUGUAAUGCGAUUUCUACUACUUGUACUAGUUCUAGUACGAUGCUUUUGCAGUUCAUACGGGACACCGUUCCGCAAUUUGGAUUUGACAGUGCUGAUUCUGGUAACCUCCAACCUGGCUGCUCCAUGUCCAUUAUCCUGAGAAAUCAAAACGUAAAAGUGUGGUCACCACUUCUAUCCAUAGCGGGCUCGUCAUGUCGAUUUGCAUGUCUAGCACGAGCACAUGAUCUCUAUUGGUUUCGGCUCGCCGUGGCAGCGAAUUUCCAGUUGUUUUUUUGACUAUGGUACAUUUGACAUGCAGCUCUAAAAAGCACGACUUGGACAGCCACAGCCUGGGUUGUCGAUGCGGUUGGUCCUCUAGCUGGGAACGACUACGCUGCCGAUGAUGCCUAGAGCUCUCGUCAUGGUCGAUUCAGUCCGCAAGCGUGUAGACGACUGGUAUAGCAGAUUCCGCAUGGACAACAUUAGAGUAACUAUGGAAAGAUGGAUAUAUGUUGUUUAGCUGAAGAUGCGUUUUUUCUUUCUCAGGAUAAUGUCGUCCAUUGGAGGAACGAAGGUCACUUUGUUCGACCUGAUUCACGUGGACGGGUCCCACUCUUCCGAAACGACAAUAUGAGAGUGCACAGCUCGUGGUACCCCUCUGUCACUGUUUAUUUCUCAUGCGAGAUAGGGAUAAAACAAUAAGAAUAACGAUAACGUUACCCUUUCCUUUUGCCUCUUCUCGCUUAUUAAUCCUGCAUGACAGGAGGUGGCAGCCUGCCAAAACCACACUGGAAUUGUCCAGGGCGGAUUUUUAGUCUUUCUGAAGACGCUGUGAAGCGGCCCUCUUUGCCGACGUUUUUCCUCAGGUGAUUUUUAUGCGCCGCUUUAAAUCAGUAUCAGAAUCAGGGGAACAAUAAAGACGACGAGGGAGCGUAGUUUUUGUGCACUCUCAUAGACGAAGCAGGACAUCCUGAAUUGCCGGAGAUUUGCUAAGUAUGAACUGCAAAAGUAUCGUACUCGUAUAAAUGCAUUACAAAUUUUCUCACCGUGACAAAUAAAAUUUGUAAAUGCUGACUUGCCUUGACAAAGAAAUUUGUAAUGCAAGACCUGCAUUUAUACGAGUACGAUACUUUUGCACAGCAUGCUAAGCCGUUGAAAACGAUCUUGGUUGUCGACGACGCGCAGUUUCAGGGCAUUCGUGAGGUGUUGGAGGAAUUGAUCGCGGCCCGGGUUCUGGUCGAGUUGGGGUUCGACCGAAUCCGCUGUGGAACGUCGUUGUUGACGUCUAGUACAGCUAUUGGUCCUCGGGUCACCAGCGAAAUGACCAGAAUCUCAUGCGACAAAAUGCUGGAGCGAAAAGGAAACGUUUUGAAAAAAACACACUUGCACCGAAUUUUUCACUAUCUUUGAUUGAUGAAGAGUAGUUAAGGUUAACAGAAACACACUGUCGCUGCUGGACCUGUUAUGCACUGCCACGCCCGUGAUCCCGCCAUCUUUAAAAAUGUCUCAGAAAUGGCCUCGGGAAUGUAAGGCGGAGGCAAUUCCCACAACGCCGGCGCCCCUCAUUGUGGUUGCAGGGAAGAGGGGCACACAAGGCGUCGAGCCGGGCCAUCGCAAAGCAGCUUCCUCGAGACGCGGCGCCCGCUGCCGUAUUUGGCGCAGUUUUGUGGCGCGCAAUGCGGGCCGCGGCUGGCGUUGACGUUCGGGCGCCGCCCGUUUGCCCCUUAUCCCUUUGCCGGCCUCCCCUUGCAUAUAUGGACGCGAAGUGCCGCAGCGCCACACUUGUGUCGGGCCUAUCUGUGCCCGCUUUCGUUUUGUCGCAGGCGCGCCGGCGUCUUGUCCGCAGCCCGGUUCGAAGCAUUGCAGGCGCCCCGUCUGCCCCUGCAUUUCCGCCGCCCCGGCGGUUCAGUGCCUGCUCUGACAGGUUGGGACCUUCAGCGGGGCUGCCUCUGUAAGAAGGCAGUGUGCUGGCCUUGCCGCUGUUCCUUUCUUUGUUUCUGUGGCAGCCAGGCACGGGCCCGGCCUUGCUUUCUGCGCGGCGGACUGCUAUUCUGGCCCUCCUCCCUUGUGGGCGGCAGGCACGGCCGGCCUCACCCGGGAGGGCAAGCAACCAACUGCCGGCCUCCCAUUGAUUGGUUGGCCGCCUGCCGGCGCCGCUUGGCCACAGCCGGGCGCCUCGUCAGCCCAUUGUCGUGGCGCAUUGCUUUCGCACGCGCAGGCGCGCCCCUUGGCGCGAGGGGGAUGCUGCCCUGCUUCUCUAGAUCACAGGGCCACCGUGUCACGCGCGUGACACGGGCGGACCCGGCUUCGUUCUUUCUCGUCUCUUGCUGGUCUUGGGUGGUUUGGUGGCAAGCAGAAUUGCUUCAGUCAGUUUCCCUCCACUUCUACCGCCAAAGCCCAGGGGACUGCCGCGUGUGUGUGUCUAUGAUUGGCAUCCAAGGCAGUCUUGGACCUCACCUGGGGCGAAGGCCUGCCUCAGCCCGCGAGCCCUUCCUGGCUUCUGCCAGCCGGACCGGCCGCCGGCCGACAGCCAGGCAGGCGCCCCCGCGCGGGCCGUGUUGGCCUUGCUUGGAUGCAAGUGCCGGCGAAGGCGUUGCAGCGGCUUCUAGGCAAAGCCGAAACGUAUGAAGUUAAUGGGGCUGCUGAACUCACUGGCGCAGCCACUGGCGCCAUGUGUGGCGCCGCUCCUCUCCCUCGGCACGACUUAGGCACUCCUUCACCAACGAGAGCGGCGGCCAGCAGCCGGAUGAAGCAGCAGCCGCCGGAGUUCGCGAGCGCGGCCCCAAGACCCAGAGUCCGACGAUGAUGAGCGCUGAGGAGCUUCAGCGCCCCGAUUACAGCUGGCCCUUUGUGGAUAUUGCGUAGAACAAAACUCUAUUUGGCUUGUGGAGGCCACACGUUGUAAGCUAUUUGGCUUGUGGAGGCCACAUGUUGUGAAUCAGAAUCAGAAACGUCGCGAAUGAGAAUCAGAAUCAUGGUGAAUCUGAAUCGGGCUACGGUAGUAAAAAGACCGCGAAUGAAGCGAAAAAAAUUGAAAGGACCGGGCCAAGAAAGUAGGCAAAAAAAAAGGCCAAAGCGAAGCCACACGCGCUGCCGGGUGCCGCAUUUCUGUAAAGGGAGGAAAAAUGCCGAGGCCUUCGCAUUUUUUUCUUUGGGGAAAAAACCUGAGAGCGUUUGCAUUUUUUUCCUUCAGGGAAAAACCUAAAAAAGUUCGCGCGAUUUUCUAUAACAAAAAAACCAAAAAAGCUGCGCGCGAUUUUCUACUACAAAAAAACCAAAAAAGGUGCGCGCGAUUUUCUUUUACAAAAAAACCCAAAAAAGUUGCGCGGGAAUCCCCCCUCGAAAAAAACCAAAACCGAAGACGGGCCAUUUUUCCUGCCUUUCCCCGAUGGUAUGAGGCCGAUCAGGCCGGCGAUUUUUCACAUUUCUGGCCUUUAGAAAAUCGCGCGCACCUUUUUGGGUUUUUUUGUAAUAGAAAAUCGCGCGCAACUUUUUUGGUUUUUUUGUAGUAGAAAAUCGCGCGCAGCUUUUUUGGUUUUUUUGUUAUAGAAAAUCGCGCGAACUUUUUUAGGUUUUUCCCUGAAGGAAAAAAAUGCAAACGCUUUCAGGUUUUUUCCUGAAGGAGAAAAAUGCAACAGCCGCGACAUUUUUUCCCCAAUAGCUGAAAUGGCGCCACGAUUUUCCGCGUUUCGGCUUUUUCUGGUGUUGCUUUUUCGCGGGUUUCGCAGUGCCCUUGCUGGUUUUUUUUUUGCUUUUCAGGAUGCCCCUCAUUCGUCUUAUAUAUUCGGCAAGAAUUGCCGCGCGGAUCAAGUUCAUAACGAUCGCCACAGCGACCCGAGAGUGAGGGAACCGAUGGCAAAUCCGUCCGAGAUUGAUUCGAUCGAUCUCGGGCGCGGGCCGUUGCGCCGUGGCGAACGAGUCCGCCCCUGUGAAAAAGAUGCCUUUGCGUGAAGGCUGCAAAGGGUCAAAAUUUCCGCGAAACUGCGAAGAAGAUCCGCGGCGCGGCAGUCUUGCCGUCUUUUCCGGUGUUAUGUUGCAAGGCCGCGGCAUCUCCAGAGCAGUUGCGGAGUGAUCUACAGAGCAGGCCCAGAGCGCUCCUCGCGCUUUUGAUGUCUCGGGUGGAUGUCCUGCAGAGCACGCCCAGGCCGAUUGCUAAGACUGGGCACGUGAAUACUGUCGGCCGGUCCGACGGAGGGGGGCCGGAAUGGGCGGCCGGCGCUUCGGGCAGUUCUUCGGGAUUUGGGCGCGGCCAGUGAGCACGCAGCGAACAAAGGGGCGAAGAACUGUGGCGGGCGGAGGGUCCGGCGCAAGAUUGUGCAGGUUUUUGCGGGUAAAGAGUAGGGCUGUGGAAGCCCGGCCGGCCCGGCCGCCGGGCUCAGGAUGUUUGUAGAAGCUUCGCGUGCCGCAGCUGUCGCGUGCGACCUUGGCCGGCGACACCUACCGCACUGCGUUGAUGGUAGGCGGCCCGGUGUGUGCCUUUGCAGGGGCAGGCCGCUGGCCCGGCGCGCUACCUAGCUGGGCACCCAGGGCAAGGCCGCCGAUUGGGGGAUCUUGGGAGGGUUGGGCCCGGUUUUUCUUUCUUCAGGAAAAUCGUAUUGGGGGGAAGAAGCCAGGGCCCCUCUCGGUUUUCCCCAAGGAAACCUGCUUGGCGUGUUUCUUACAAGCGCACAAGCAAAGGUGCGCCGGCGCGCUGGUUUGUAUUUUCGCAGAAAGAAACUAGGAAACACGGCCCGCGCAACAGACGCAGGCCGCGGCGCGUGCUCGGACGGGCGGGCCGCACUGUGUGGGCCGCGCGCUCGCAUGCGCGCCCUGUCAGCCGGCCACCAGCCGUCGCACGGAUUGCCAGCCGGCCACCAGCUUUGCGCGCUGGGCGACCACCUUUGUCCUAACCAGCGCACAACACCCUCCGAGGGGCGCUCCCCGUUUUUCCGAACCGUGGCGCCAUCGUGUCACGCGUGUGACGCGAGCGGCAUGCGCUUCAGUUUUGCAGCGUGGUGGCGUAGGGCGCGCGCCCCGGGGGUUCGCCGGGUCUGUGGUUUUGGGUCUAUAUCUAUUGCCCGCGCCCAAUCUUCGCGCCGGCCGGCGGUCCGCCAACCCAAUGUAGGUCGUCCAGGACGGCGCAGAUAAUUCCCGUGGCCCGUCAUUCCGUUGCUAUGGCGUGCCCAUCGUGUCGCGCCUCAGUGAUGUGCGACGUAUAAAAGCGACCACGGCGAUGACUCCGAUGCGCGGCGAUAUAUGCAAAGUCGGGACAUUUCUGAGCAGAUUCCUGGAGCAUUCCUGAGGCAUUUCCAGGCCCCCUCUGAUCACGGGCGGUCCGUGCGUAAACCUGAUGAACAUAGACUUUGUUGGACCACUUAAAAAAUGUGACCAUGUA